AUGUCUUACCAACAGACUGCGAGUCAAUCAGAGACCGCCUUCCACAACCGUUCAUCUUCCAACAUGUACACUCAAUCACAAGCACGCGCCGCUCGCGAGUCUCAAGCUCAACCAGCUACCUUCCCUCAAGCUGCUCAAACCGACGCGUCGGCCAUGAGCCAGAUGAUGAAUCAAUUCGCCAGCUUCUCCAUGCCUGGUGCAAACUUGGCUUCUGCUGCUGCCCUCGGUGCUGGUCAAUUCUACUACAAUCCUGCCGAUAAUACCAUUAUGAUGGCACCUGCCAUGUAUCCUGCGCCACAACUGGGUCCAGGUCAACUCCCUGAGACUGGCUACAGCUCUUAUGCUUCUACUAUGCCAUAUAUCUCACAAGGAGCUUAUUCUGGUUACCUUGGUGGAUUUCCGAUCAUGCCAUACACUCCCAGCAGAGCUACCUCCGGCUACUAUCCUGACCGAGCUGAUCAAUUUCACAAGGAGGUCCCAGGACUUGAGAAUCGCCGUAGUUCUUACUCUACUACCAACGAGUCUGCUCCAGGUACUCCCAACUACGGACCACUUCUUCACCAUGAGCAAGGCACUCAGAUUGCCGCUGUUAAUCGUUCUCCCUUUGGCUCUACCCCAUCUCCUCAGCAGCUUCCCAUCCAACAUGCUGAUCAGCACGUUGCGAAGUCCUUGGCCUACAAGACCAUUCCGAUCAAUGUCGAUCUUGAUGCCCUGGUCGUCCAGCACCCGCCUAUCCCCCGAGCUGUUCCCGCUGUGUUCACCCCUCGUGAGAGCAUGAGAACUCUUGACCAGAGCUUGUCCAACCCAAUUCCAGGCAAUCGCAAUGUCUACAUUCGAGGUCUUCACCCACAGACUGACGAUGAGACUCUUGCUGCAUAUGCUAAGCGCUUUGGUAAGGUUGAGACUUCAAAGGCCAUCAUUGACACUGCCACUGGAGCUUGCAAGGGAUUUGGCUUUGCCAAGUAUGAAGAUGUCCGUGACUCUGAGCUCUGCAUUCGUGGCUUCUACAAGCUGGGCUAUGAGGUUGGAUUUGCUAGGGAGUCUUUCAACUCCCGUCUUAAGGCUGAAGGUGAUGAGCAAUCCACCAACCUCUAUGUCUCCAAUCUGCCAAAGAACAUGACUGAAGCUGAGCUUGGUGCUAUCUUCAUGGACUACACAGUUCUUUCCAGCAGAAUUCUUCGUGAUGAGCGAAAGAACAGCCGUGGUGUCGGAUUUGCUCGCUUUGAGAGUCGUGAUGUCUGCGAGGAGAUCAUCAAGAAUUUCCAUGGUCAGCCAAUUGGCGAAGAAGGACUUCUUCUCCAAGUCCGCUAUGCCGAUACUCCUGCCCAAAAGGACCUCAAGCGAAUCACUACUGAGCGUCGUCAAUUCCGAACCAACGAAUACAAUGUAGGUGCAUAUGGUGCUCCAGCUGAGCUUCUCGCUUUGUCUCCUGUCAUGCCUUCUCCACUCGUUCCACGAACUUCGCAGAUUGCUCGUCAUCUGCCAGUCUCCAGAGCUAGCGGUUCAUGGAAGCGUGAUUCUGCUGGUACCAGUUCCGGUGGCUCGAUCUCUAACUUCAAGGACAUUGAUCGCCAUGAUCGCCAUGUCAAGCUCUCCUUGACUGAGGCUACCCCCAACAAGAACAAGGAUGACAAAGUCUCAAGCUCCACACCCACCAUCUCUGAGGACGGCUCCAACGAGGAUACUGUUCACAACGACUCUCCUGCCAUUGUUCACGGUGGUGCUUCUCAAUCGCCAUCCGUUCGUAAGUCUUAG